AUGGUGGGCGAAGCUGCGUCUGUGCAGAGAGCGAGGAGAAAGGAGUUCCUGCCUUACUUUCUGGGCUUUGUGGUGUUUCUGUACGCCGCCGUUCAUCUGAUAUCGUUUACAGCUGAAACAAGUCAGGAGAGGCCGCGGCGGGCUCUGGAGAAUGAAUCAGAGUGCGUCCCCCCGCAGGCCUCAGACUUCCCUGCUGGUUUCUUCACGGUGCAGGAGAGGAAGGACGGCGGCCUCGUUAUUUACUUCCUGCUCAUUUUCUACAUGCUGUUAGCCGUCUCCAGAGUCUGCGACGGUUACUUCCUGCCCUCCCUGGAAGUCAUCAGUGAACGUCUGGGACUGUCUCAGGAUGUCGCAGGAGCCACGUUUAUGGCAGCAGGAAGUUCUGCACCUGAACUCGUCACAGCCUUUCUGGGUGUGUUUGUGACCAAAGGUGACAUCGGGAUCAGCACCAUCGUGGGAUCAGCUGUUUAUAACAUGCUUGGAAUCUGUGCUGCCUGCGGACUUCUGGCCUCCAUGGCGGGCCGUCUCACCUGCUGGCCUCUGUUCAGGGACUGCCUGGCGUACGGAGUGAGCGUCGCCGCCGUCAUCGCCAUCAUUUCUGAUAACAAGGUGUUCUGGUAUGAGGCCGCCUCUCUGCUGCUCGUCUACGGCGUCUACAUCGUGGUUCUGUGUUUCGACCUCCGCAUCAGUGACUUUGUUCUGAGGAAGCUGAGCCCCUGCUGCACCUGUCUGGGUUCAGGUUCUGGUAAAAACAUCGAGAACCAGCCUCUGAUUGGCUGGAAUGAUGACACCAGCCGGAGAAUCCGUGGGCGAUCCAGAACCGACAGCGGCAUCUUCCAGGAUGACUCGGGCUACUCCCACCUGUCCCUCAGCCUGCACGGGCUCAACGACAUGUCUGAAGAACAGAAAAGUGUGUUUUCUGUGCCAGAGAGCGACCUGAAAAGGAUCUUCUGGGUUCUGUCUCUGCCCAUCAUUGCUCUGCUCUUCCUGACCAUCCCGGACUGCAGGAGACGGUUCUGGAGGAGCUGGUUCAUGGUGACGUUCUUCAUGUCGGCCAUCUGGAUCUCAGCCUUCACGUACGUGCUGGUCUGGAUGGUCACUGUUGUUGGUGAGACGCUCGGUAUCCCCGACACUGUUAUGGGACUCACCCUGCUUGCUGCUGGAACCAGUAUACCCGACACCGUGGCCAGUGUGAUGGUUGCCAGAGAAGGGAAAGCUGACAUGGCCAUGUCCAACAUCGUGGGCUCGAAUGUGUUCGACAUGCUGUGCCUGGGUCUGCCCUGGUUCAUCAGGACUGUCUUUGUGGACACCAACAACCCUGUGGAGGUCAACAGCACCGGACUGGUCUUCAUUUCUGCCAUUCUCCUCGUCUCCAUCGUCUUCCUGUUUGGAGCCGUGCACGUCAACAGAUGGAGGCUGGACUGGAAGCUGGGACUCGUUUGUUUAGUUUGUUACAUUCUGUUUGCCACUCUGUCCAUCCUCUAUGAGUUGGGGAUCAUUGGAAAUAAUCCCAUAAGACUGUGUGGCAACUAA